ACAAAGUCGUCCUGAUAUUAAGAGGGGCCGGGAGAACGGUUAAGCGUUUCAGUUACUCCAGAGCAGCCACGCGCGAAAAUACUAAGCCGUGAUAGCAGCCCAACUUCGGAAUUCAAGCACGAUCACCGCUUUUCUCAAUCUCGCAAAGAUGUCGACGCUGCUGAACCCUAUCAAGCUGCUCGACAACAUCGAGCAGCACUGGGACCCUCGCACCCGGCACUACGGCAUGGUGCUGAACCCGUGGUUUGUGUUCCCGCUCAUCUUCUCCUAUGUGUACUUUGUUCGCUUCGCCGGUCCUCGAUGGAUGCAGAAGCGCGACCCUUUUCCCAUCACCAACCUGGUUCGGGUCUACAACGUGGCCAUGGUGGUGUUGAACGCCACUUUCCUUUACCAAGUGCUGCGUAUCACAUACCUGCCCGGCGGUAGUUACAGCCUGUGGUGCCAGGGCGUCACGGGCCGAGCGGAUGGCGCGUCGGCGGCCGUCUACCAGUCGGGCUGGUGGUACCUGCUGGUGCGCUACGCGGACUUCUUGGACACCGUCUUCUUUGUGCUCCGCAAGAAGUUCAACCAGGUGUCGCACCUCCACGUCAUCCACCACGUGUUGGUGGUGUUCAACGCAUGGUUCUGGGCCAUGUUCGCGCCCGAAGGCCAGCCCGCGCUGGGACUCUGUAUCAACACAUUCGUGCACGUGGUCAUGUACUCUUACUACUUCCUCUCCACGUUUGGGCCUGAAGUGCGCAAGCACCUCUGGUGGAAGCGCUACCUGACCCAGCUGCAGAUCAUCCAGUUCGUCGUGUUCAUCUUCCACAUGUCGAUCCCUCUCUUCGUCGACUGCGGCUUCCCCAACAUGUUGGCGCCAUUUGCCAUCGCGCAAGCGGCGUUCGUCUUGGGCAUGUUCAUCAACUUCUACUACCAGACCUACAUCAAGCCGAGGAAAGCGCAGGCAGCCGCGAAGGACGUCGCAGGAGCCGCUGCCAGCGGCAAGGGGGUCACAAACGGGACGACGCACACGCUAAAGAGAGACUAAAAACUGACUUAGUGAUUCAAGGGACUGUGCGACAAAGUGCCAGGAGUUCACUGCGAGUGGAGUGUGCAACUGCUUAUUUCAGACUUUGGUAUAUAUUUAAACGUCUGGCGAGGGCCGGCUGAUGUACUUACGAGAAAAGCGAGUGUUAUGGAAGUAACACAAUUACAGUCGCCGUUCCAGCGUGUUGAAAUCUGUUAUUGUUAAACCGAGUAACUAAGCCUUGGUAAUGAACCUAAGCCGUCAAGUAGGAGACAAAGUUCAUACACAAGAAUACUCAUUUACGGCUUCCUUUUCGUAUGCUGUUGUGAGCGAAAAUUACCUGAGAGAGUAGAUGUCCACAGGCAAGAAUUUCGAUCAUUUCUUUCGUCUUCUUCAUAGAAUUUCAUAUUUGUGUCCACUAUUUCAUAACCAUGCUGUCUACGCUAUUUUAUCAAAGACAUCCAUCAGCUUCACUUGAAUAAAUUAGCUCAGGAAUCGCCCCAACCGGUCAAGUAAAUGCGAGGAAUAAGCAUGCCUUCAAUGACAGCCUACAACACCAGUAUACCGGCGUAUGAAACGUGCAAUGGGUCAUCCAUUCUUUUGUGUAUGUGCAAGCUGUCAUAACGUAUCAAAGUAUACGUUCUUAACAUGACAAUGUGGUUAAAGCAGGUCAUUAUUUAUGUCAUUCAGUGCGCACUAUUACCGGUGCAAAUAGACAAUGUUCAGGAUAAUGGACCGUGAGUCAAGUUUAGAUUUCAUUUGAGUCAGCCUUGUGCAAGGCUGAGACAUGGCCCAGCGCGUUUCUGUUUUGACUGUGUACUAGUCAAAUCUGUUGAGAAACAGAUGUGUCUGACGAAACUGUGCGUGUGAAGUGUAGAUGAAUUCGCUGAAAUACACACUUAAACUUGGAAUUAAGGUCAUUCGUCCAUUUCGGUGCUGUUAAAAAUAAUUGUCUGACUUCAAUCCUAAAUUUCCUGACUUGUAGCGUCAAACAAGUGUAAAGCUGGGUAACACGAAAUCUGUACGGAGUGACGACUUUACGUGAUUAGUACGUAUCAUUACUGUGUUUCGAACUCUACAGUAACAUGUGUGAAUUUGCGUGCAAUGUGCGGAAUAAAUGUUAUUCGUUAGUG